UAUCCAGGGUGUUUUCACCAAUCCGGGUCAGAUUUCAUGUUAGUUUCACUUCCUAGUUAACAUGGAAGGUGCGGAACCAAGCAAAGCACACUCGGUCAGUCAGUUUAACCGUCGCGGAUUCCGACGCUUUCGUUUUGUGCUUUCCUUUGCGCGAGGAUGUUGAAAAUGACUCAACUUUAUUAAAAUAUAAUAUAUCGUGAUUGCAGAACUCGAUCUCGCUUGAUCCCCGCUGAUUUCUGGCCUCGGACACCGACAAUGACGCGACUCCCGGCCGCGUGUCUGUGAAGAGCCUGGGCUGGAUGGAUCUUCACUAGAGCUGAGGGUCUAGUGUUCACUGAGGAGGUUCAGUGUGCUGCUGUGAAAUGGGCUCUUACAAGAGUGAGGGCUCUCACCUGAAGCUGUUGACUUCACACCGAGAGCUGCUGGUGGAGCGCGUGAAGAACACGCAGUGUGUUCUGGACAAUCUCCAGAUGAACGGCUUCAUCUGCACCGAAGACAUCGAGAUCAUACACCGCAGCAGCACCAAAACUGACCAGGUUCGCAAAAUCUUGGAGCUGGUUCAGAGUAAAGGAGAGGAGUGCUCCGCAUAUUUCGUACACGUUCUUCAUGAAGCAUACGAUGCUUACAUUGAUCUGCGGCCUUGGUUUGAAGAAAUUCGGUACACACCAUUAGACACUAUUAGUGUCAUACCAGUGGUUAACACAGACCCCAUUAGCAAGUACUGCGAGAAGCUCAGAUAUGAGCUGGGAAGAGACACUCAGUUCAUCACGUCGUACUCGAAGAGGGAGGAGACGCCGCUGGAGGAUCUUUACACGGACACUCAGAUGGAGCUCUUGAAUGACAGAGGUGAGAGUUUGGGAUACUUACAGAGUCUGGAUGAGCUUCUGGGAGACCAGGGAGUCUUCAACCCGCAGGCCGAGACCAUCUUCAUCACCGGCGACGCCGGCGUAGGCAAAUCGAUCGUUCUUCAGAAACUGCAGAAUCUGUGGUCCAGAAGGGAGCUGAAGACUCGCGCCAAGUUCUUCUUCAAGUUCAGAUGCAGGAUGUUCAGCACCUUUAAAGAGACCGACGAGAUCUCGCUGAAGGAUCUGAUCUUUAAACACAACUGCUAUCCGGACGGCGACCUCGACAACGAGGUCUUCACCUACAUCUUACGAUUCCCAGAGACGGUGCUUUUCACCUUUGACGGAUACGAUGAAAUCCAAACGGAUUUUGAUUUGGAUAACGUGCCGGAAACGGUUUCCCCGGAAGAAAAGACCCGUCCACUUUUGCUUCUCAUGAAUUUGCUUUGCGGAAAACUGCUCAAAGGUUCCCGGAAGAUCAUGACUGCACGAAGUGGCACCGAGAUCCAAAGCAGAGUGAUCUGGAAGAAGGUCUAUAUGAAGGGAUUCUCCCCUGAACACCUGAAGAGAUACACAGCUUUGCAUUUCCCAGAGACGGAACACAGGAAAAUGGUGACCGAUCAACUGGACGCCAAUCCUCACCUCUGCGGUCUUUGCUCCAUCCCGUUGUUCAGCUGGAUCAUCCUCAAGAGCUUCAAGCAUCUCCAUUCAGUGUAUGACAACUUUGAGUUGCCGGAUUCUUGCAUUACGCUCACAAACGUCUUCUUGCUUCUCUCCGAGGUCUUUCUUGGACACUCGACUGCACGUCCUGGUCUUUUAAAAGGGAGUACGAGGUGUCCUACGGAGACUUUUAAAGCUGGUGAGCAGAAGCUUGCGGCCUUCGCUCGACUCGCCUUGAAUGGUCUCCAACGGGGAGGACUUGUGUUCAGUAUGGAGGAAGUGACAUCCUGUGGAUUAGAAGAUGAAGUGCUUCAGUUUGGGUUUCUGAGGCCUGCUUCACAUUACGAUGGAUGCGGAGGCUCUGCAACCUUCGAGUUUCUCCACGAGACCCUCCAGGCCUUCUUAGCGGCGUUUUCAUUGGUGCUGGACUCCAAAAUCACUCCUGAAUCUAUUCUAAGUUUCUUCUCCAAAUGCGAAUACAAGAGGUCGUCGCAUCUCUCCUGCUUGCCUUGUCUGGAAAAGUCGAGUCCUAGAGAUAAAGACCCUUUCCAAACCAACUUCAAAUUCACCAAUUUAUUCUUAUGUGGCCUCUUGUCCAAACCCAACGCGGCACUCCUGGAGCAUCUCGUUCCUCCGGCGCUAUUGAAACAGAAGCGCAAGAUGCUCAAGUCUUAUCUGUCAAACAGCGUGAAGACGCAUCUUAAAGGCCUUCCUCGCUAUCCAUCCACAGACAUCGAUGGUGACAAGGUGCAUGCAAUGCCAAACUUCUUGUGGAUGCUGCGGUGCAUAUUUGAGACGAACAGCGAGGAGGUUGCCAAGAUGACGGCCAACGGCAUAUCGGCGGAUUACAUUAAGAUCGCCUUCUGUAACAUUUACUCGGCUGACUGCAGCGCAUUGAACUUUGUCCUCCACCACCGUAGGAAGCACCUGGGGGUCGACAUGGACAAUAACAACAUCAACGAUUACGGCGUGAAGCAACUGAGACCCUCCUUCAGCAAAAUGACAGUAGUAAGGUAAGAAAAGCCAGGCAGGUUUUGCGUGAAUCAGCUCACGGACAGCAGUAUUGAGGUUCUGGCAGAGGAACUCAUCAGACACAAAGUCGUUAGGGUCUUGGGGCUUUACAAAAACUACAUCACAGAUGUUGGAGCCAAACUAGUUGCAAAGAUCAUUGAAGAAUGUCCACACUUGAGGGUCGUCAAGCUCGGCUGCAAUAACAUCACAGGUGUGGGUGGGAAGUACCUUGCCAGUGCAAUUCACAAGAGCAAAUCUAUCUUUGAUGUAGGAAUGUGGGGAAACACCAUCGGUGACGAGGGCGCAGAUGCGUUUGCAGAGGCUCUGAAGAAUCACCCAAGCCUGACCAAUCUCAGUCUCUCUGCCAAUGGCAUAACGUCUCACGGUGGAAGAAGUCUGGCAAAAGCACUGAAGGAAAACAAAAGCCUUCACAUCUUCUGGUUGAUACAGAACAAAAUCUCUGAUGAUGCAGCGUCGGACUUUGCUGAUGCCUUCAGAUCCAACUCUGCUCUGACGCAUCUGAUGCUAAUAGAAAAUGAGUUCACCAUACAUGGAGCCAAAGAGAUGUCUGAAGGCCUGACUAACAACACUACACUGAAGGAAGUCAACAUUAAAGGAAGCCGGGUUUCUGAAGAAGAAGAACAACUCUAUGAGGGUGACAAGAGGCUUCGCUUCCACUGAUAAGAAACAUUAAAACACGUGAUUUAAGAAAAAAAAACCUGUGAGAAAAGGAAGUUGGUGUCAUGCCGCAGACACUGGUUUACUUCAGCAUCAGAAGCACAGCUGGCUGUGAAGGCAAAACCCAUUCAAGACUUUCAGAUUUAUUACUGUCGCUCUGGAAUAUGUAAAUCGCAGCACGUUUCAGAUGAUAAAAAAAAUUAUAUUUUAAAAAAUAUAAUUUUGUUUCUCAACCCAGUGUUUUUAAAUAUUAUAAAUGCAAUCAAAAUACAGGUAUGGUAUCAAAAAUGAAAGUAUUGGUAUCGGACUCUUUCUGGAAAAAGUGAUAUCUGUGCAUCCCUACUGUUUAUAUAAUGCAUUCUAAAAGUAUUUUUAAUGCACCUUCUAAUGCAUUGCAUGAUCUCAUGAAUAACAGUACAAUACUUUUUGUUCAUCGUUAUGCCUUCAGAAAGUAAAAUGCAUUAAUAUAAAACACGCAACAAACAAUCCAGGAACAUGACAAGGAAUCUGCAAAUAUUAUAAUGCAUUUUAACUUUGGUUGCAAUUAUUUCUGAAAAGAUAUAAUGCAUUACAAUACACAUUAUGAAUGUCUUAUAAUGCAUUAUACAUAAAGGCUUCAAGUGUUAAUCAGGAUUUUUAAAAUCAAUUUUAUAUAUUCAUGCAUUUGCUCUGAAAAGAGUGAUACUUGGACGUUUAUAAUGGUGCUUUUAUCAAUCGGAGAAAUCAUAUCAUGCAUUCAGUUAUUGUAGUCAAGAUGAUGAUUAAAAACAUUGCAAAUAAAUCUCUCUCUCUCUCUCACACACACACACACACACACACACAGAAGGACAUCCAGACAAGUAUGUAAAGAUCUGCGCUUCAAAAGAUUUAGCUUUUUUUAAUCUCAUUAUCUCUGUACAUAUUUUUAUUUUUACACAUAUGGAAUGUCACAAUAUUUCUAAAUCAUUAAAAAACCCUUUUGAUCA